UCAAGGGGAGAGGUGUUAGACUCCUUGGGUACAACCUCAUCUCGCACACGACACUCGACUCGACUCGAUACAUCGACGGCCCUCUCGAGCCUCCCCCUCCAAUUGCGCCCCCCGAUCGACUUUUGGCGCAUUGUCUUGUUCACGAGCCCGCCCAUCAUGAAGUUCCUCCUGCCCCUGCUGUCGCUCAGCGCAGCUGCGAAUGCGCUGCACUUCUUCAUCGACGGCGUCACCCCCAAGUGUUUCUACGAGGAGCUCCCCAAGGACACUCUUGUCGUGGGACACUACACUGCUGAGGAGUGGGAUGAUCGGGUCAACGCCUGGGUCAAGCACGACGGCAUCAGCAUCUACAUCAAUGUCGACGAAAUCUUCGACAACGACCACCGUGUCGUCUCCCAGCGCGGCGCUGCCUCGGGCCGCUUCACCUUCUCCGCCGCCGACGCCGGAGACCACAAGCUGUGCUUCACGCCGUCGUCCAAUUCUGGCCGCACCGGCUGGCUCUCGGCCUCGAAACCCAACGGCGGCAUCAAGCUGACCCUCGACCUCGUCAUCGGCGAGACCAACCAGAUUGAGAGCAGCGACAAGGGAAAGAUCCAGGACAUCACAACACGUGUCAAGGACCUCAACGCCCGCCUCAACGACAUCCGAAGAGAGCAGGUCUUCCAGCGUGAGCGAGAGGCCGAGUUCCGAGAUCAGUCCGAGUCUACAAACGCCCGUGUCAUCCGCUGGAUCGUCAUCCAGCUCAUCGUCCUCGGCGUCACCUGCGCCUGGCAGCUCUCGCAUCUCCGAUCCUUCUUUAUCAAGCAGAAGCUCACUUAA